CCUCGAUUGGCCUUACGCCGUGCCUAUCUAACGGCAUGGCGAGGUAACAUAAACUCAUGUGUAACCUCAAUGAGGGAUGAUAUUCCGCUCUGCUCGCCGAUAUCUACGUAUCUUUGUGGAGUAGCUCUAAUCCUUUGCUUAAGUAUUCACGGGUGCCGGGUCUUUUCUUUCCUUGCUGUAAUUUUGUUUCUUUGUCGCAUUUCUUUUCUGUCGAUAUGUCUGGUACUGAGAAGUCUUAUGAUGCGGAGAAGGACCUACCUGGACCUCUGUCAGAUGCCAUUCGCAAUGGCAGUCUAGACAAGUCGGUUUUGCAAAAUGCUGGAGAUGGUGAUGAGGCCUUGAAGGCUUUCGCGUCGCACCAAGGAGAAGUUAUUGAAUUGGAUGAAGCGACCAACAAGCGAUUACUACGGAAGAUUGACUGGAAUCUGAUGCCUGUCAUGUGUAUUGUAUACGGCUUGAACUACUUGGACAAGACAACAUUAUCAUACGCCUCUGUCAUGGGACUGAGAGUAGACACGAACCUAACAGGAAACAACUAUCAAUGGCUGAGCUCAAUGUUCUACUUCGGAUACCUCGCAUGGGAAUACCCUACCAAUCGACUCUUGCAAAGAUUACCACUAGGAAAAUACUCGGCCGCCAACAUUAUUCUUUGGGGGGCCACUCUGUGCACUUUCGCAGCUGUGAGCGACUUCGGUGGCGGUGUUGCUGUUCGAUUCUUCCUCGGUGUUACAGAAGCCGCAGUCACUCCUGGAUUCGCACUUUUGACUAGUCAAUGGUAUACAAAGAAAGAGCAAGGGUCUCGAACAUCAAUCUGGUUCUCGUUCAAUGGAUUUGCCCAGAUAUUCGGUGGUCUGGUAGCAUACGGUAUUGCUAAGGGAACGAGAAUCCAUGGAUCCGCCAUUGAGCCCUGGAAGAUCAUUUUCCUGGUUACCGGAUGCUUGACCAUUUGUGUCGGGGCUAUUUUCUUCUGGGUUAUCCCGGACAGUCAACUGAACGCACGCUUUUUGAGCAAGGAAGAUCGUAUCCUUGCUAUUGAGCGUGUCAGAUGCAACCAGCAGGGUAUUGGAAACAAGCAUUUCAAGAUGUAUCAGCUCAAGGAGGCGCUGCUGGAUCCGCUGACUUGGGCAUUCGUUUUCUAUGCCCUGGUCGCUGACAUCCCUAAUGGUGGCAUUUCCAACUUCUUCUCUCAGCUCAUCACAUCAUUCGGCUACACAGCAGAAGAGUCUCUCCUAUACGGUACUCCAGGCGGUGCAGUCGAAGUCAUCGCCCUCCUCGUCUGCGGCUACCUCGGCGACAAAUUCGGUCACCGUCUUCUGAUCUCAACUUCCGGUCUCUGGAUCUCCACACUAGGUAUGCUUUUGAUCGUCUGCCUACCACUCGACAACAACAUCGGACGUCUCUUCGGCUACUACCUCACCCAAGCAUCACCCACACCAUUCGUCGCUCUCCUCAGUCUGAUCUCCACAAACGUCGCCGGAUGGACCAAGAAAACCACAGUAGCCGCCCUUUACCUAAUCGCCUACUGCGUCGGCAACAUCAUCGGCCCUCAAACCUUCCGUCCCGCAGAUGCACCUAGAUACAUUCCCGCUUGUAUCGUUAUUAUUGUCUGCUAUCUUCUCUGUAUAGUCGACAUCGUAUUCAUCUAUUGGUACUGCAAGAGACAAAACAGCAAAAGAGCCGACAUCCGCGCUUCCCCCGAUUACGUCAAAGCGGAGAAUCAAGAAUGGUUGGAUCUCACGGAUCGUGAGAAUCCCGAAUUCGUGUAUACUUUGUAA